AUUCAUACACAAGACAACGUAAGAUAAACACCACACUUUGGUUGCAAAGACGCGGAAAUAAUUUUACAUACGACUUUUCAAUAGUUCUAUUUUAAUUCUUAAUUUGUGUUUUGUUCAAUAAUAUUCGUUAUUAAUACUGUGAUUAAGGUUCGUUUUUGUGUAAAAUGGCGAUGCAAAAUGGAUAUUCGAAUAAGAAGCAGUUGGAUGUGAUUGUUGUUGGUGCUGGGUUGGUGGGGUCUCUAGAAGCACUGUAUCUAGCAAAACGGGGUCAUCGUGUUCGCCUAUAUGAGUUCCGAGAAGAUAUUAGAAAAACACCUCAAGCUCGGGGCAGGUCCAUCAACUUGGCCUUAUCAGUACGUGGAAGACGCGCCCUGAAGGAUGUUGGGCUGGAGACACACAUGAUCAAGGAGCAUGGCAUCCCAAUGACCGGGAGACGCAUCCAUAAUACAGAUGGUUCCACCUACGUCAUACCUUAUGAUGCUAACACUAAGCAGAGCAUCUAUUCAGUGGGAAGGAACUACUUAAAUGGACUACUUUUACAAGAAUCUGAACAGUAUGGAAACGUGGAGCGGUAUUUCAACCAUAAGCUGAUCGAAGCUAAUUUGAAGAAAGGCUCUUUGACAUUCCUAAAGACAGACACCAAUGAGACUGUCAAUGUGACGGCUGACCUGAUCAUCGGAGCUGACGGUGCCUUCUCAGCAGUCCGUAAGGCGAUGAUGAAGCAGCCGUUCUUUGACUUCAGCCAGAAAUACAUUGAACACGGGUAUUUGGAGCUCUGCAUACCACCAGCUGACAAUGGCGGUUUUCUGAUGCCCGCUAACUACCUCCACAUUUGGCCUAGGGGCGAGUUCAUGAUGAUCGCGUUACCGAACCAGGAUUGUUCGUGGACUGUGACACUCUUCAUGCCAUUCGCUAAGUUUAAGAAUUUGGACACAGAGGAGAAACUUUUGGCCUUCUUUGAGAAGUACUUCCCAGACUCGAUACCAUUGAUUGGUAAGCAGAAACUAGUUGAAGACUUCUUUGCUGUGAAACCAUCACCUUUGGUUGCUGUUAAGUGUCGUCCUUACCACGUAGAAGAUAAGGCUCUUAUUAUCGGAGACGCAGCACACGCUGUAGUACCAUUUUACGGCCAAGGUAUGAACGCCGGCUUUGAAGACUGCACGUUGUUAGAUCAGCUCUUCCAGAAACACCAUGAUAAUCUUGCUGAGAUCCUACAGGAGUUCUCUGAGACCAGAUGGGAAGAUACAUUCGCUAUCAGUGACUUGGCUAUGUACAAUUACAUUGAGAUGCGAGAUUUGGUGACGCGUCCUUCAUACAAGUUUCGUAAGGCGAUGGACGACUUUAUAUUCUGGUUGCUGCCAAACUUCUGGGUGCCUCUGUACAACUCCGUCACAUUCUCCACCAUGCCUUACAGUCUAUGCAUCAAAAAUCGCGAAUGGCAGGACAGAGUCCUGAAGAAAUUCUUGUCAAUAGUAGGCAUCGGAGCAUUAAUAGGUGGCGCUGUUGCGUUCAAAAUUAAAUACUACAGCUGAAAAUAAAUUGUACAUUGGAAAAUUGA